UAUCGCCACAGGUUGAAAUGCAAAUGUUACAAUUUACGUUCUCGGACAGCAUAAAUGCUGUCUGGGUUGCCCUCAUCAAAUAAAGACUUUAUUCUCUUUCCGCUUGACGACUAUUAUUAUUUACGAGAUAUGAAACGAUGGAAAGAGAUUAAUAUCUUAUGAAUACUCAACAAAAUUAUGAACUCACGUCAUCUUGCUAGAUGAAGAAUAACAAGGACGCAGUUACGCGUUUCAACGACCGUUACCGGAAAGCAUAUUAAAUCGCAACCAAGAUGGCGUACACCGCGCGCACAGGGACUUGUCAAAAUGAUUGGACGAGGAGCGCGCCACUCUCGCAGACAUGCGCAUUAUUAUCGAUGGGAUUCUGCAAUGGCAAACCUGUUUUAUUGGCGGCUUCUUUUGACAGCAUUUGAUUUAACUAGAACUGAAAUAUAAGUGUAUGUAAUACAAACGAAACGUGCUCGUGUAACAUCCUAAUUUUAAUCUUAACAAGAUUCCACCGACAAACGGGGACGUCUGAUUGAAUACGAUACGACUUGAAUACGCGCCACAUGCGUAUGCACAUAAGAGUGCAAAUCGCUUUUGUCAUCGUCAUUGUUCCGAUAGUUCAGUUUUCGUUGCUUGAUGUUGGUUGUUAUUUUAAUUUUUCGUUCAAUGCGUUCUAUCGCAAGGAAAUGCAUUUAACAUGGUUACAGAAGGCGAUUGUUCUUGCACCGACAGCACAGAACCAUCCAAUGUAACGUCUUUGCGUUCGGAUGAUGUUACGUCAGCCAGGAACCCUGAUGCGAAUCUUUGCAGAAAAGCGACAGACAAAGGAAAUGACGUCGUCGAGGAAUCGAAAGAUAAGCACAAACAUUCUCCUAAUGCGUCGCCAGGCACGAAUUAUCAUGCGACUGAGGUGGCAAAAUCGCUUCCAACGAAAUCGGAUCGUCAAUCGCAGCAGAACAGUUCGAAGAAUCCGCACCCGACGACUACUACUUUACAAUUCCCACCGAGUUUUCCGUGCCUCUGUCACACUCACAAAAUCAACGGCUAUGUUUUGCCGGUGAAACUCCAGGAAGAACAACCGCAAUCGAGACCGUUCUGGAGCCGUUUCAAGUGGAAACAGCCAAAGAAUGUGUAUUGCGGCAAGGAGAAUAAAAUGUACGAGAUAAAGCUGAAACAAACUCAAUGUUCUCACUACGCCAAAGUGCGAGCGAGCAGCGCGUGUAAACAGCAACCCGAUCCGACCCGUGAAUUUCAGUCUUUUGUCUGUUGCGACAUAUCAGACGGGAUACCGAGUAAGAACGACAAGUCCUACGAUCUUCUCGACAAAUCGAAACUGCCCAAGCAUCAAAUGAAAACGAGACCCAAGAAGGAAGAAGCCGUGGAAAAGAUCGAGAUUUACUACUUCGACCAUGGGAACUCCGCAUAUUAUCAAACAACCGAUUGUCAUCCUGUGUUAACUACGGACAAGUGCGCCGAAAAGACAGACCAAGCGGCGACUCGCUUCUGGGCGGAGAUCUUCGGCACAAUUCACAUCGGCACCGCAUUCAUCAUGGCUUUCAUCCUGCAGCUUCUUCGAUUCCUGCUCUACAGUGUGAUCCGGCCCCUGACAGUGGGCAUAUUGCAGCUGAUAGCGGAUUACUUCGUGAAACCUCUACUGUCCAUCGUGUUCAACGCUCUCAUACAGCCGAUACUGAUAUUAUUUUACAACAUCGCUAUGUCGCUGAGGGAUCUUUGCCAACCGAUAGCCGAAGCACUCGGUCUCUUUCUCAGGGAGAUAGCGAAUCUUUGCGCCGCGAUCAGACUCGUGGAAGUGAAGCACGUUCAUACACCGACCGUUGCUAGCACUUGAACUUGUAGGUAGCAGUGGAUAGUGAUGUACUACAAAAUAUCUCGAGAGUUGUUACAAAUAUCUAACGAGAGGUAAGUAAAUAAUCAUUUGGAGUGAUUAUUUCAUUUUGACUCGAAUAUCGCUGAAAGUCAGAUUAAGAGCUUAAGACUUGCAAUAAAGUGUCAUUAACGGACAGAAAAGGUGAUUCGUCUCCGAGGAAGACCGCGACUCUCUACGCUGCGU